AUGAGCUAUUUAAAAAUUUAUUUUCCAAAUGGUUCUUUUCAUACUUUACGAUAUACACCAUCGACCACUAUUGCUGAUUUAAUUCGAAUAGUUUUAAAAGGUCGUCUUGCAUCUUAUGAUUUUGUUUAUUCUUUAUCAUUUGCUCUUCGUGUAACAUAUGUUGGACAAGAACAACAAAUAGUUUUGUCAUCAUUAAAUAAAAAUGAUAUUGUGAAUAAAUGGCUUCAUUCAAGUAUGACUAUGGAAAAAGUAAAAGUGUUUUAUGGAAAUGCUGAUGAGUUAAAAUUUGAACUUCGUCUUCGAUAUUUUCCACCAUCGAUUGAUGAAUUAGCACAUGAUAAAUCUACGUUUGGAUUUUUGUAUGAACAACUUCGUAUUGAUUAUAUACGUAUAAAAUCUGAUUGUGUAUCAACAAAUGAAGCUAUUGAAUUAGGUUCACUUGAAAUACGUAAACUUUUUAAAGAUCUUAAUUCAACAACAUUAGAUAAAAAAGUUAAUAUGGAUUAUCUUGAAAAAGAACUUGGUUUAAAAACAUUUUUUCCACAAGCAAUUAUUGAUUCAUAUAAACCUCGAAAUCUUCGAAAAUAUAUUAAAGUAUGUUUAAAAAAAUAUGAAGGUUUAUCUGAAGAAGAAUGUGCUAAACGGUUUUGUUUGUUACUUAAAAAUAUUUGGAAUUGGGAACAAGAAAUAUUUACAUGUAAUCUUGGUGCUGAAUGGUCAGUACCCAUUAGUUUGGUUCUUGGUCCAUCAGCGGGUAUCAGUUAUCGAACACAGAAUUCCACGGAAUUAACUAAAAUGACUACAUUUGAAAAUGUUUUAUCAAUAUCAACAACAAAAGUUAAUUCAGAUGAUCGUGGUCUUCUAAAACUGAUCAUAGCUGGAUCAUCUGAGACUUUAACAUUUAGUUUUCCAUCUUUUUCUGAAACUAAUGAUGUAGCUAUUUUGCUUGAUGGUUAUUGUAUGCUUGCCAAUCGAAGUACACAUUCUCUUUGGCGAUCAAUUAUUGAUGAACAUAAUUCCUUAAUAAGAAAAGCCACAUCACCAUCAAAUCAUUCCGUAUCAUAUUCUUCAGAUUAUAUGUAUAGCCAUCAUCAAACUGAUGAUGAUGAUGAUGAUGAUUCGAGUGGCGAUUAUGCUGAUGUAUUAUCUUCUGACUAUCAAAUCGAUCGUCAACAAAUUCAAGUGAUUGAAUUACUUGGUGAUGGUCAAUUUGGUGAAGUCUAUCAAGGAAUACUUAAAACUGAUCAACAAUCAGAAAUCAAUGUUGCAAUAAAAACAUGUAAAAUGCAAGAUGCAACAACAACCGAAACAUUUUUAGAUGAAGCAUAUGUUAUGCAAACAUUUGCUCAUCCACAUAUCAUUAAAUUAAUUGGAGUUUGUACUGAAAAACCUGUUUUACUUAUUAUGGAAUUAGCACGAUUAGGCGAGGUUUUACGUGCUUAUUUAGUUGCUAAUCGAAAUGAUUUUGAUUUAUUAACAUUGGUGCUCUAUUGUGUACAAUUAUCUUCAGCAUUAGCUUAUCUUGAAUCAAAAAAAUUUGUUCAUCGUGAUAUUGCUGCAAGAAAUGUUCUUGUAUCAAACCAUGAAUUAGUAAAAUUAGCUGAUUUUGGUCUUUCAAGACAAUUAACACUUGAUAAUUCAUAUUAUAAAGCAUCAAAAGGUAAAUUACCAAUCAAAUGGAUGGCACCAGAAUCAAUAAAUUUUCGUCGUUUUACUCAUUUAUCUGAUGUAUGGAUGUUUGGUGUUUGCAUGUGGGAAAUUUUAACAAUGGGUAAAAAACCAUUUCAAGGUAUUACUAAUGCAGAUGUUAUUGAUCAAAUUGAAACUGGUCUACGAUUACCAUUACCUGGUACUAAUUGUCCGAAAUCUUUAUAUGAUUUAAUGCAAGAAUGUUGGUCAUAUGAACCAACAACUCGACCAAAUUUUACUCAAAUUGAAACACGUUUAAAAUCAAUUUUGAAUCAAGUAAAAACAAGUAUUCACGUGAAAACUGAAAAUGUUUCUUUAUCAUCAUCAUCAUCAUCAUCAGAAAUAACAUCAUUAACAAUAUUAUUACCAGCCGAUUAUAAUGUACCACCUAAACCAGCUUUAUCUAGUAAAAAUGGAUUUAUUGGUAAUCGAUUACAAAUCAAUAAUAACCAGAUCAUGACAGGAAAAAGCCAAUCUAGUCAUAAUCUUCAACAUAGUACUAGUACUGAACAGAAAUCUUCAUCAAAUGCAUCAACUCCUUCGUUGAAUACUAAAGAAUCUCCUGAUAAAAAUAUCGUACCAUCAAAACCUAAAGAUGAACAUUCCAUAUCGAAAUUAUCAUUAAUGAAUUUAUUUCGUUCUCAAACAAAACAAAUUAUUAGUGCUGUACUUAAAUUAACACGACAAAGUGAAACUGAUUAUAAUAAUGGAAUACCUAUAACAUAUAAUCGUCCAUUACCACCAAUUAAUGAUAGAGAACAAAUGCAAUUAGUUAAAAAUAUUGCUGUUGCUGUUCGUGAUCUUCUACAAACACUUGAUUAUGCACCUCUAUCAAUUAAAGAAAUGGUUCAUAAUUUCUUAUCUGAACAUCGUUAUGGUCAUUUUUCCAAUUUAGUUGUUUCAUUAAUUGAAACAGUUCGUCAACGAAAUUAUGAUAAAAUGGGUGAACAUGCUGUUAAUAUUGCUUAUACAGCAAAAGCACUUUUUGAUGAUAUUCUUAAAUUAUGUUAG